AUGGGUAACCUUUCCGAUUCCUCGGACGGCCGCCGCGACCGAAUACGCGACCAUGCCGUUACACAAACCGCCGUCGAAUUCGCCCAACAAGCCGAGAAGCUGUCACACCAGAAGCACGAGACCAGCGACUCCGCCGUCGCCGUCGAGGCCCGUUUCGUCACACCGCAGGAUCCCGUUGUGGUCACAUCAGAGGGGCAUAGGCUUCCGGGAGUUCCCCUACAAGAGGCACACAAGUUGAACAUACUGAAAGAAGAACUCGAAGAUGGCCCCGCGGUGGUCAAGAUCAAGCAAGGGGACGAGGUGCAAGACGAGGUCGCCAAUGCUGAGGAGAUUCCGGAAAGACAGGAGAGAGUAAUUUCCCUACCAACAGACGUAGAUGGCAAGUCUCUUCAAAGAUCGCAAGAAGGCUCCCUUCGUCGCCAGAUGCCGCCUUCACACACCAAUCCCUUGUUUCCGCCUCUACCACUUUACGGGCCACCAUCACUAUUUCGCGACUUCCAGUGCAUGGUUUUCCGGGUUUCGGCCUUCUUCCUCAGUCUGGCAUUUCUUGGAGUCAUUGUACUCGGCGCACUCUUCACCAGCAUUCCGCCACUAUGUACAAGGAUAUUUUACCUCCUGACACUUCGCAAUCCUGACAAGCGGAGACCGUUCUUCGAGGAAGAGAUGCGCAGAAUCAAGCUCCGUGCAGACCAGGACAAGAAUUGGAAACGAAGCAAGUCCAGCCAGAAGCUCAGCAAGGACAAGGAGUCCAUGGCUGAUGAGUUCGUCCCGACCGAGGGUGGGCCCGAUCCAAUCGUCUGCGAUGUCGGAUACUACGCGCGUCGCGUUGGCUUGGACGUCGAGGAAUUCCAAGUACAGACCGAGGACGGAUUCGUGAUUGACUUGUGGCACGUCUACGACCCGAAAGAAUACACGCCGUUGAGCGAGAAGGAGAGAGCCGACAGAGGGCCCGACGUUUUCACCACAUCAAGGAAGAAACUCAAGGAUCCCGAACAAAAGAAAAAGUUUCCUGUCCUGCUUAUGCACGGUCUACUGCAGAGUUCCGGCGCAUACUGCACCAAUGACGAGGACUCGCUCGCAUUCUACCUUUGUAAAUCUGGCUUCGACGUCUGGCUUGGCAACAACCGAUGUGGCUUUAAGCCCAAGCACGUGUUGCUCGAGUACUCCGACCCGAGGAUGUGGUGCUGGAACAUCCGCCAGAUGGGCGUUUUCGAUCUGCCGGCGUUGACUUCGCGAGUUCUCUACGAAACCGGAUUCGAGAAGAUUGGUCUGAUCUGCCAUUCCCAAGGCACAACACAGACCCUCGUGGCCUUGGCCAAGGAGCAGCGACCCGACUUGGGUGAAAAGUUGACCGUCUUCUGCGCCCUUGCACCUGCCGCCUACGCGGGACCUUUGAUCGGAAAGAUGUACUUCAAGUUCAUGAGGAUCAUCACCCCUGGCAUGUUCCGCUUAAUGUUCGGUAUUCAUGCCUUUAUCCCCUUCAUGAUGCAGAUGCACCAGAUACUUCACCCCAAGAUCUAUGGCUGGCUCGGUUACAAGGUUUUCUCGUUCCUCUUUGACUGGACGGACACAAGAUGGGACCGCGGUCUGCGAGACCGUAUGUUCCAGUUUGCGCCCGUCUACGUCAGCUCGGAAUCCAUGCGAUGGUGGUUGGGAAGGGAAUGCUUCGCAAGGCACAAGUGUAUCCUUUCUACCAAGGAGGAUGUCCGCGCUGAGGAGAAGGAGGACUGCAUCAACGGCGACGACUCUCACACACUGCGAGCCGAUGACGCCGACGGCCUUAUGUCCCCUCAUACAGUCGACGAACACACUCGCAGGCCCAAGGGCUCAACAGCAUGGUACAACGAACAAGCACCGCCGUUCGCACUCUGGGUUGCUGGAAACGAUGACCUCGUCGACGGCAAGAAGCUCCUACGCAGAUUCGAGAGAGGCCGCGAGCCGCAUCUCCAGGUGGUUCACAGCAAGGUCAUUGAUGAGUACGAGCACCUUGAUGUUAUCUGGGCUAUGGAUGCCCCGCAGCAGGUGUUUACCGAAAUCCGCGAGGUUCUGUGGAAGACUUGCAAUGCGCGGGACAAGUGCCGCAUUCCCAAAGGCUGCGAGGACGUGGCGAAGUGGGUGCCGCCAGUAGCCAAGGCCGUCAAAGGGGACACAGAGGAGAGUCAGUCGAGCAGUGACGAUACCGAGUAG